CGCGUCACCAAUAUGGCGUUCAAACAACAGUGAGACUCGUGAAUUUUCUACGAUGACAGCGGUGUGAUCAAUUGGAAUGCCAGUUUCUGUGCAUUAUUACAUGUAAAAGCGUGCUCCUCUGGUUCCACAGUUGAAUUAUGGCAACAGAUAAUAGUCCGCUCUUCUGUAUUGUAUGUCGAUGCCACUACUUAAGACAGGGGGCUCAUGAGCACAUGCACAGCAAGCUCCAUCACAGGAACCUGGAUUCACUGAUGGAUAAAGAUGCAGGUCAUCAGUGCCAGGCGUGUGGGGGCUCCUCCAUGACCCUGAGGCAGUACGAGGAGCACAUCUCCACUGCAGCUCACAACAACAAGCUCCACAUUCUGAUCUCCAAGAACAUGAAGCCCAUGAGCCUGAAGAAGAGUUUGAGCAUGCAGACCAUUUUCGCCAUCUUGGAGCGGAACAGGAAGCUCAACAAGCAGGAGAAAAACGCUCGGAGGAAGCAGAACAAAGCAAAGAAGAUCUCUGGCCCUAAACCCAAACUUGAGUCCAACGGAGCCAGCACAAAGCCUACCAAAAACUCUGCCGUCAACACACAACGGCCAACAUUUAAGGUGGAACACAAAGACCCUGGCACCACACACCAGUCUAUGCCAAGACCUAGUGUAGUCCCUCUGCCUGCGCCCCCUUUUGGCUGGACUAUGCAACGGCCCUAUUUUCAAGCAGACCAGAAUGGUCAACCCCAUAGCUUAACAAAAAACCCUUUUAGAAGUACACAAGCUAGUGCUAAUGAAAUUGAACUUUUUGCCAACAACGCUGGUGGUUAUUGCAACAGUUUUGGAUCUAACUCAAAUGGAGGUAUUAUGGAUUUUACCAGUGACCACUUACCUCAAGAUGCCGGCAUUAUUUUUGAGUCAAGAUCAAAUCCACAAAGUCAAAAGGCUUCUCAGGAAAGUAGAUCACAAGUGGAUGUGGCUACAGUUACACUGGAGGACUCCUCUCUUCCUGCAAAGCACCGCGUGGACAUGAGUGUGAUGAUUCGGCAGAUCCACAGAGAGCUGGGUCUGAGGGAGCCAUGUAGAGCUGACCGCGAGGUCAGGAAGCAGCAGGUCCAAGCACACUGCAGUCAGUGUAAUGAGCCUCUGCAAACUACCAGUGCACAUGUCCUCUGUAACGCUAAAGACAAGGGGCAAAUGGGGACGGAUGGUGUGAGCGGUUUGCUAAAGGGAGGUGGAGGGACUGGUAGUGACAGUGGCAGUGGUAAUGGACAAAAAGGUUCCAUGGAUGACAGAGCAAAUGUGAGACAGAAUCUGGUGUCUGGAGCUAGGGGUAAAGACUGGGCCCACAUGUGCUCUGAGGAGAGAAGAGGCAGGACGAGAGGACUGCCCAGGUUUGGCAUAGAGCUGUCCAGACCUCCUCCUCCUGCACAAGCCACUUUUUCACAUCCAGAGGGCGCUGUGUCUCCGUUGUCAGAGGGAGAGCUCCUGACCCUGUCGGCCCAGCCCCUGUCAGCCAAGCCCCUGUCGGCCUUUUCCUCCAGCACAGAUCCCACCCCAGGGCUACUCCAGGUCACGAUGGAUGUGCUAGGAGAUGGAGAAGAGAAAGGGAACAAAAGGAGUAAGAAGAGGAAGCAGGCCCAUGUGUGUUGUGAACCAGGUCCCAGUUUGAAGAAGACCACGAUAUCUCAAAAUGCAGAUCAGUCUUCAUUGGACCGGCUGUACUCUGUGUCUCUGAUGGAGGAGGACUUGAGUCUCCAGCUACAGGAGUUGGACAAGGCCAUAGUCCAGACGCGCAACACCCUGCAGACCUACCUCAUCCUCAAGGAGAAGUGUGUUGCUGAAGUGAACAGUCUCAGAGCUCAGCGCAUUGAAAUCUUGCGUACAAUGAGAGAAGGACUGUGUAACAUCUCAAACAUAGAACCAUGUGCUCCUGUCCCUCCUGCUGCACCUGCCACUUCUGCCAAAUCUGUCCAUCCAGCUUUACCCGCGCCUUUUACUGCUCCACCCGUCCCUACCAGCAGCCAGUGCCACCCGGCUCAAGCCAAGCAAAAAACCUAUCACACACUCCUAAAUGUUCAAAAUACAACUGCAAAUGUGGAUACGCCAGUUCAUCUGCUCUCAGCUUCAGAUUCACCACAACCAAUACCCAAUACUACUACUACUACUACUGCUGCUGCUGCUACUACUCCUACUACUACUACUACUACUACACCUAUUGCCUUAACAAAUCAGGUACCUCUACAAAACCCACCAGUGUUGAAUAUCCGGACUCAGUCACAGCUUCCCCUUGUUCAAUGUGAUUCUGAAACAAGACGAGCAGCAAUGACAACUGAAGAGACAAGGGACACGUCUGAAAGAGCGCCCCCUCUGGUAGAAGAUGGUGACGACAGUGAUGAUUUGGAGGUAAUGGAACCUUGUCCCAGUGUGGUGAUAAACCUGGAUGAGACUAAUAAUGAGGAGGAGCAGAACAGAUCAAGUGCGGUGAAAGUGGAGGAAGAGGAAGGUGAUGAGGGUGCAGGUUCAGUGGCAUUAGCCCCAAAAGAGGAGAUUGUGGACGGAGGUUCACCAGGCAGCCCAGUCACACAGACACAGGAGCACAGGAAUGUUGAAGCUGCAGCUUUGCCAAAAACUGACACCAGUUCACCCCACAGACCUAUGAAGGAGGAGGAGCCCUGUGUGGGAGCCUUUGAGAAGCACUCUGGUCCAGUGACCGCUCUACAGAUCUAUGAUGGUCUGCUGUACACCUGCUCUGGAGACCACACAGCACGAGCCUAUAACCUGCAUACAAAAGAUUGUGUGGGAGUGUUUGAAGGCCACUCCAAUAAAGUCAACUGUCUUCUGGUAACGGCUGUUUUAACCUGCCUCCAAAGCUUUUCACGGGCUCCAGUGACCAAACCAUCCGCUGCUUCAGCACCCAGACAAGGAGGUGCCUCUCACAGCUGUCCGUGCCUGACCGCGUGCUCUGUCUGCAUAUGGCCUGGAACAUCCUGUACGUAGGCCUGGCCAACGGCUCCGUCUCCAGCUUUGACCUGAUGAGCCUGAAGGAGCUGGAUGUGUUUGAGUGCCACGGGCCCCGGGGGAUUAGCUGCCUGUCCUCUGCUCAGGAAGGGGCCCGCAAGGUGCUGCUGGUGGGCUCUUAUGACAGCACCAUAAGUGUGAGGGACGCCAAGAGCGGC